GCUAUGAUCUGAUUUGUGAUGCUCUCUUGUGAGCAAGUGUCUUGUCAUUGUCAUAUCAGGUCUUUUCUUGUGGCGUGACGCUUCGAUACUACUAUGACAGCCACCAAUGUCGAGUAUCAGAACAUCAUCAGAACACCACAAACGCUAAUUACGCCACAAUUCUUGAAUGAUCCCUGGGGUCUUAUAAAUCGCGGCACACUGCAAUGCACACAGCGGGACAACAAUAUUUCCAGCAAUCCGACUAAGCGCAAUGGGCUCAGCAUCUCGAGUGGCGAUUGUAGGCGUCGGUGAAGUCGGCGGUGCCGUCGCUUACAACCUCACGUUGAAUUCUGUGGCGAGCGAGUUGCUUCUCGUCGACCUCGACCUCGAUGUCAGAAAUGCCCAGAUCGAAGACCUCUGCGAUGUCUCUUACAGUACUAACAGCAGUACGCGUGUACGUCCAGCCACGUACCAUGAGGCUGCUCAGUGCGAUCUCGUGGUCAUAACCGCUGCAUCUAAGCACCUGCUGGGUCAGACAACUAUUGACUAUACGUCUCGGAACACCUCGAUGAUACGUGAGGUGAUGGAGGCAAUGAAGCCCUUCCGAGCUGACACCGUUUUACUCAUUGUGGCAAAUCCAGUUGACCUACUGACAUCUCUCGCCAAGGAGAUGUCGGGACUUCCUUCAUCUCAGGUCAUUGGCACUGGUACAGCUCUCGACACUUACAGGCUUCGAGGGAUGGUUGCAUCUCGUGCUUUGGUAUCCCCAUCUGCUGUGGAUGCAUUUGUCGUGGGUCGCCAUGGAGAAGACCAAGUAGUCGUGUGGUCCGCAGCAACCAUUGGAGCGGUCCCCAUUGACGAUGUGAAAAUGCUGAGCGCUAUUGAUCUCAGUAGGAUCGAACUCAUCUGCAAACAUCGAUCGAACCACAUCAUACUGGGCAAAGGAUCUGCAUCGUUCGGAAUAGCUUCCGUCGCUGCUAACUUGUGUUGUUCUGUCAUCCUCGAUAAGAAUGAGAUGUACCCGGUCAGUCACUUUCAAGAGGACUAUGGAUGCUGUCUCAGCUUGCCAACCGUUAUUGGGAGGAAGGGGAUCUUGCGUUCAGUUCCCCUGGCGAUGAGCCCAGGCGAGAAUGCUGCGGUGAAGGUAUCAGGGGAGUUGUUGAAAGCCAGUGUUGAAUUAAUCCAGCGAGACUGGUGGUGAGCAUUAUUGGCGUUUGUAAGUUUAUAGUCAACAGGUUUAGUAAUUCUAGUCAACGUUCGUGUAUCA